AAAACUCAUCACACAGUCUUCGUUCAGUUCCAUAGUUUCCUCUGAACACAACUCGUCAUUAUCAAAUAUAUAUAAAAAUUUGCAAAAACACAACAAACUGAAAAUUUCACAAUUUUAGAAGAAAAAGAAAAAUGAUUAGUGAAUUGAUGAAUAAGCAAUUUCUGGUCAUUGACGAGACUGAUAUUGCCAAUAUAAAAAUCAAUAAUGAUAAAUCGAAAGGAUCAUCCUCUCCCAAUACUCACUCUCGGUCAACUAGUGGUGGUUUGGCAAUUUUAGCUCCGAAUUCACCACCUUCUCUGACUCCAUUGAGUACUUCACCUUCUCAUGGAAAUGGAUCCCCGAGUAGGUUUUCAGGACAUAGGAGAGGAUCAUCACUUUCGAAAGGUCAAUUGGAAAUUAGAAAGGUUUAUGAAAAGAUUUCGAAUAGUCCAAUUUUUAAUGUGAAGGAUAAAGUUUUGGAAAAGAAUCAGAAGGCUAUUCAAUUGUCAAAUGAUGAAUCUCUAUUGGCACUCUAUUUUAAUGAUUGGUUGGAAGUUAUGGAAGAACAAUGUGAUUCCCAUCAUUGUAAUCAACAUGGAAAAUCAAUCAUGGUUAAGAAGAAGGAUCAUUUUCAUGUUAAAUUCACAAUGUAUGAUAUGGAUGAUUAUCCAUUUUACUUUCCUUUGAAUUUGUUGGAUGAUGGAAGAUUACACGAUGAUUUUGUCAAGUUUAGUGUUACCUUUUUCAUUCCUUCAAUUAAGGAAAGAGAGAAGACAUUUCUAUUUUUGGAAGAUGGGUUAGUACACAAGGUGGAAAGAUCAGAUUUUAAAUUGUCAAGUGAAGGAGCUUUGAAUUAUAAGAGUGCAUCCAUUGUGAUUCGUGAACAUUCGGAUAAGUGUAAGAUUUUGAAGAAAUUGAAAAAGAUUUGUAAAGUCAUUCAAGAGUUCAAUAUUGACAAGACAUUCCACAUGAAUAAUAAGGGUGGUUCCUUCUUCUUUUGUAGAAAGAUUGCCAAGAUUUUCUCAGAGGAAGGAAAUUUAAAAUCAUCCCUUUCAGAUAACAUUAAGAAACUCUUCAAAUUGUGGAAAGAAAGUGCUGAUAAGAAGAAGGAAGAUGAGGAGCAUUUAGAUGAUUUCUAUCAUGACCCAUUCUACAGUAAGAAUGAACACGUUCCAAUGGAUGAUUUGUCAAAUUUAGUCAAAAAGGCAACACAAACUAUUCCAGAAAAGGUAAAGUCAAAUGCUAUUCAUCCAUCUGCCUAUGAAAUUAUCAAUGAAAAGAUAAUGACAACAUCCUCCAUGAUGGCCAAUGGAAAGGAUACAUUCCCUUUAUUCGAAUUUCACUUACCAAAAAAGGGACACUUCCAUUUUGAAAGUUACUCUCAAUUCAAUGAAUUUCUCUAUGAACAUUUCCAAAAUGAGGAAGGAUUGGAAAAAUUGAAGAAACAACAUCCUAUGGAUUAUCUCUAUCUCAAAAUUUUGGAUAGAAAAUUGUGGUGUUGUAAGAUUGCUACAGGAUUAUUUGAUCCUCUCAUUUCCAAACCUUACUUGUUCAAUAUUGGAUCGAGAAAACCAUUCUUUUCCAUUCCAAUAUCUUUGAAGGAAUAUUUUGGAAAUGCUGAAUCUGUUCAAAUUGAUUAUACCAAACUGAAAGAAUCCAAACAAGGAAAAACUGUAAAAGUUCUAUGUUUGGAUGGUGGAGGUAUGAGAGGUCUGUGUAUUAUAGAACAAUUAAUUGCUAUGGAACAAAAAACUGGAAAGAAAAUUAAUGAACUCUUUGACCUAGUGUGUGGAACGAGUACAGGUGGAAUUAUUUCAUUCUUCAUUGAGGCAGGAUAUUCAAUGGAGGAGGUAAAAGCCAAGUACAUGCUGAUGGGAAGAGAUAUUUUCAAUAUUAAGAGCAAAUUCUCAAACAUGAAGAAGGCUUUUAAUUUUUUGAGAGGCAAGAGUUGGUACGAAACUAAAAUUAUUGAAAAGUACUUUAAAGAAGAAACUGGCAGAAUGGAUUUGUAUAGUGCAACCAAUACUAGACCUUUCGUAUUUGUGUGUGGUACCAUCAAACCAGAGAAGGUGAAAGAACCAGGGUCUGUUGUCUCAUCCAAGUUUGUUGAGCAAUUCCCAUAUAUUUUCAGAACUUAUCCUAAUCCUUUCCUCUCCACUAAAGAAUUAUCAGACAAGAUAUUGGAUCCAUAUCUUGACUUUUUACCAAAGAAUGAAUAUGAUGACAUCUUUUAUUCGGGAACUACUACAGGACGUGGUGUGAAAAUUGUUGAAAGUUUGAGAGCUACUACAGCUGCUCCAAUCUUUUUCGAUCCAACCAUUAUUGGAAAUGACCACUUCACUGAUGGUGGUAUUGUAGCCAAUAAUCCAUCUGCCAUUGCAUUGAAUGAAGUUAUGAGAAUGUACAUGGGACAUUCCUCCUUUAUCUUUGUAUCUUUAGGAACUGGUAAGAAGAGAAGAAAAGUUUUUGAUUCUGAAAGUAUUGAUAUGAGUUCUACCGCUUCUUCAAAGAAGGGUUCUUCCUUCUCAUCGACCUCUUCUGCGGACAAUAUCAGUGAGAGAAGUUUUGUGGAAAAUUUAAUUAUCACUGCAUCAGAUCUCAAACUAUUGAUUGAUUUGGUCAUUUCCUCUGAGAGAAUUCAUGCUCAAAUGUUGACCACUGUUAAAUUAUUGAACGAGAGAGAUGUUAAUGCAAAUAUCAGCUAUUAUCGAUUUGAUCCAGAAGAUUUGGGUCAAUAUGAUUUGGAUUGCAUUCUUCCAGAAGUAAUUGAAAAAUAUGAGAAGACAACCAGAGAAUACAUUCUCUCGCAACCAGACUUUGAUGUCGUUUGUAAGAGAUUAUUAGAUCCUUAAUAAAUAAAUUAAUAUUUCUUUCAUU